CGCGGGCAGGCGGGCGUUGGGAGCCGGGUGGAACUGGCGCUCUGCGACUCCGGGGCACUCAUGGGGCGGAGGCAUCGCGGGCCCAGGGCUUGGGGGGCGGUCUAGCGAAGAGCUUGACUCCCCCGGGUCCCAGCCCGCCAAGCGCGGCUGCCGGGAGGCCUGGCUCCAGCCGGCAAGAGGCGACGCCGAAGCCUCGGGGAUUCUGUUACAGGUGGUACCCAGGCCGUGCUUUGGUGAGAAAAUUCAACAGAACACUAUUCCCACAGGUUUGCCCUCCUGCAGACAUGGGACGCAGAAAGUCAAAACGGAAGCCACCCCCCAAGAAGAAGAUGACAGGCACCCUAGAGACUCAGUUCACCUGCCCCUUCUGCAACCACGAGAAGUCUUGUGAUGUGAAAAUGGACCGGGCCCGCAAUACCGGAGUCAUCUCUUGUACGGUGUGCCUAGAGGAAUUCCAGACGCCCAUCACUUAUCUGUCAGAACCAGUGGACGUGUACAGCGAUUGGAUAGACGCCUGUGAGGCAGCCAAUCAGUAGCAACGCAGAGGACCCACCGCCUUGGCAGCCUCGCCUGCUGGGUACCAAUCCAGAGACAUUCAAGGGUCCAGGGUGUGGGUCCAGGGCCUUUAUAGCCCUGUGUGUAUGUGUGGAAUGGGUGUGGGUGUGAGUGUGAGUGUGUGGCUGCAGAUGUUGCUGUGGGUGUGUCCUCGUGGGCACAGGGUAGAUUGAAGGGUUGCUGGGCCCCAAGGGCCUGAACUGCCUCCCUUGGUUCCAAAAGCCUUUGACUCUCUCCCUCCUCUGACCCCUGGCCCCUGGCCCCCUGGCUUUGGGGCCCUGGCUCCUCCAGGGACCUGUGUCCUGACAUCCUAGGUGAGGACAAGCCCAGCAGAGGUUGCCUCAGGACUCUCCAGCCUCCUUACCCACCUCACCAGCACUUGUCCAUUUGAACUGGACUGUCCUCCUUCCCUGCCUUCCAAAGCCUGUGGCCUGGGAUUCAAGCCACAGUCCCACAGGCCCCCUGGCAGGGUGGCCUCUUUUCAUCUUUGGUCGCUUUUGUAGAGGAGGGAGGGCCUGGGUUGGGGAUAGCUGUCAGUCACAAGACCUUAAAUAAAGCAACCAAUGCAAAAA